AAUAAAUACAAAUUGAAAAUUGUUAGGUUAUGUUUCUGUUGAAUGUUUAUCAUUCCUGUCAGCAUUUCUUAAGGUGAUAAUUAAAGCACUGAGAAUCGAUCGAGAAAUAAUAAUUAAUACAGUUAUGGGAAAUGAAUCGAUGGAGGAAACAAAAGCAGAAUGUUCUUUUAAGUUUCAUGAUUUUGUGGCAACAGUUGGUGAACAAACAAUCGCUUGUCAUAUAAUUAAAAUGGAAGAUUGUCUUUAUUUGUGGGUGGGUGGUGUUAAUGAAAAUGCCAUGAACGAUUUAUCAUUUGCAAUGGUAUCACCGUAUGAAAACCAACCACUUGUAACAAAAAUUAUGGGACCGAUCGCUAAUGAAGCUUCGAGCAACUUGGCUAAAAGGCUUUCAAAAAAGCUGUCCAAGCCUGUAUAUGUCAGUUUCAAUGUUGAGGCUAAUAAUUUGUCUUUACCUGCCAUCGAGAGGAGACUUAGAGAUGAAUUUAAUUCACACCCUGAAAUUUUGUAACGAAAUCACGCAAGUUGUAUUCUAAUUAAUGUCUCGUGUAAUAUCAUAUUGAUAUGAUACAUGAAAAUUAUUAUGUGAAUUUACAUAUUUUGUACUGAAUAUUAUUUG